GACUAUAACAUGGACAGUAGCAAACAGGUGAGAGUUUUGGGUGCAGUGAGGAGUCUCUCAGAAGCUGUCGCCGAUACCUCCAACGCAUCAGACAUAAAACAUAUCUUGCGAAAAAUCGACUCAAAGGCUUGUGAGGACCUCUCCUUGAAUGAAUGGGAACAAAUCCUCAACAUUUUUACUAAUCGCAAUAGCAACUAUACUAGCGUGGAGACAGAUGAAUUUCACACACUAGCUGAGGAAGUUCUAAAUAACUCCAUUCGGUCGUUGUUGGUGUUUGCUGACUUCUCAAGCCACUUUGGAGAUGCCGAAAUUCUUUCUCUUUCUAUGGCAUUACAGUAUAAUCUAUCGAUUGAGGCGUUAACACUGAAUGGAAUUAACGUUAGUGACGAGGCCAUCUCCGCUAUGUGUGAGGCGCUUGUGCGUUCUCGGGUCAAUUAUAUCAAUCUUUCGAAUACCCCGCUACAGGACGAGGCGGGUAGCUCGAUAGCUGCAUUGGCUCACGUCAAUCCAUAUUUGAGGACUGUCAUUGUCGAUGAUACGCUCAUCUCAGAUGACGUUUUGGAUGAAAUUGACGUUGCGUGUCAGUUCAAUCAGAGCAACUUCGAGGCUAAUAACGGCGCUAUUGAUGAAACUUUGCUCAAGCCGGCUGACUUGUGUCGCCUGAAGCAGCGGUUGAAACAAAUUAUCCGUGCGCACCAAAAUCGUGUGCACUUUUGCGUUGCUCAUUUGUUUGGUUGCUGCCCCAACGGGGAGCUGUGUUUUUACUCCCACGCCCUGAACACCAGUGGUGUGGAUGACACCAAAGAAAGCCUAUCGGAAAAAAUAGCGGAACUUUUUACAACAGGUGGUAACUGGGAGGAGAAGCUCCCUCCACAGCCACAAGCAGGUGCCUCGUGGCGUAAUCCGGAUGAGGCAAAUGAUUCUCGUCCAAGGCUGAACUUAGAUCGACGUAGAGAGUUCAAAAGGCAGAAAAAAGAUAGCAGAGAGAUUGAGAAGGAAUCAAUAUUCCAUGUGCGCCUGCGAUUCGGCACACCAAUUUCAUUUGCCUUAACAGCUAUAACAGUUUCGUGUCUGCUGGCUGUCUUUUUGAGUUUUCGCAAGCGAUGAGCUUCUUGAUGGAUGGGCUCUUAAAUAUGCGCGUUAUUAACAGUAAGUCACAGGGCAAUUCAAACGGAUCUCGGAGCGAUUUCUUAGUUAUUGAGCUAUCUAUUUUAGAUUUGACGUUUUUAUGCAAA